AUGCAGAAGUUCUCGAGGCUCGGCCGCCUGGGCCAGAGCCUUGCUUCGCGCAGGCAAUUGGCCACCGUCAGCGAUGCUCCCCUCUCUCGCAAGGUCGAGAUGACCAACUGGGAGAAGGGCCACUACAUCAACUACCAGAAGAUGAACGAGAACCUCCAGAUUGUUCGCGGCCGCUUGAACCGCCCGCUUACCUUUGCCGAGAAGAUCCUCUACUCCCACUUGGACGACCCCCACGGUCAAGAGAUUGAGCGCGGCUCCAGCUACCUCAAGCUCCGUCCCGACCGUGUAGCCUGCCAGGAUGCCACUGCCCAGAUGGCUAUUCUUCAGUUCAUGUCAGCUGGUCUGCCCUCCGUUGCCACUCCUACCACCGUCCACUGCGACCAUCUUAUCGAGGCCCAGGUUGGUGGUGAGAAGGAUUUGGCGCGCGCCAACGAGAUCAACAAGGAGGUUUACAACUUCUUGUCCACCUCUUGCGCAAAGUACAACAUCGGUUUCUGGAAGCCCGGCUCUGGUAUCAUUCAUCAGAUCGUGCUUGAGAACUACGCUUUCCCUGGUGCUCUCCUCAUCGGUACUGACUCGCACACUCCCAACGCUGGUGGUCUCGGUAUGGCCGCCAUUGGUGUUGGUGGUGCCGACGCUGUCGAUGUCAUGGCUGGUCUUCCCUGGGAACUGAAGGCUCCUAAGGUUAUUGGUGUUAAGCUUACUGGCAAGCUCUCUGGCUGGACUGCUCCCAAGGACAUCAUCCUCAAGGUCGCUGGUAUCCUCACUGUUAAGGGUGGAACCGGUGCUAUCGUCGAAUACCACGGUCCCGGUACCGAGAGCCUGUCUUGCACUGGUAUGGCUACCAUCUGCAACAUGGGUGCUGAGAUUGGUGCCACCACCUCCGUCUUCCCCUUCAACGACCGCAUGUACGACUACCUUGCCGCCACCAAGCGCCGCGACAUUGGUGACUUCUCCCGCGAGUACGCUGCCCAGCUCCGUGAGGACGAGGGUGCCGAGUACGACGAGCUCAUUGAGAUCAACCUUGACGAGCUCGAGCCCCACAUCAACGGUCCCUUCACUCCCGAUCUAGCCACUCCUAUUAGCAAGUUCAAGGAGGCUGUCAAGGCCAACAAGUGGCCUGAGGAGCUCAAGGUUGGUCUUAUCGGUUCUUGCACCAACUCCUCUUACGAGGAUAUGACCCGCGCCGCCUCUAUUGCUGAGGACGCCAUGUCCCACGGCAUCAAGGCCAAGUCUCUCUUCACUGUUACCCCUGGUUCCGAGCAGAUUCGCGCCACCAUCGAGCGUGAUGGUCAGCUCAAGACUUUCGAGGAAUUUGGCGGUCAAUGGGACAGAAAAGAUGUAAAGAAGGGCGAGGCCAACUCGAUCAUCUCGUCUUACAACCGCAACUUCACUGGACGUAAUGACGCCAACCCCGCCACCCACUCCUUCGUCACCUCUCCCGACCUUGUCGUGGCCAUGACCAUCGCAGGACGCUUGGACUUUAACCCGCUCAAAGACGAACUGACCGCGGCGGAUGGUUCCAAGUUCAAGCUCAAGGAGCCUACUGGUCUCGGACUUCCUACCAACGGCUACGACCCCGGCCAGGACACUUACCAGGCUCCCCCUGAGGACCGCGCAUCUGUCUCCGUCGCUGUCUCCCCUACCUCCGACCGUCUUCAGCUCCUCUCUCCCUUCUCGGCCUGGGAUGGUAAGGAUGCUAAGGACCUUCCCAUCCUCAUCAAGUGCCAAGGAAAGACCACCACCGACCACAUCUCCAUGGCUGGUCCCUGGUUGAAGUACCGUGGACACUUGGACAACAUCUCCAACAACAUGUUGAUUGGUGCCAUCAACGCUGAGAACGGCGAGGCCAACAAGGUCAAGAACGCUCUCAACGGCGAGUACGGUGCCGUCCCCGAUGUUGCUCGUGACUACAAGAAGAACGGCGUCCCGUGGGUUGUCAUUGGAGACUGGAACUACGGCGAGGGUUCUUCCCGUGAGCACGCUGCGCUCGAGCCCAGGCACUUGGGCGGCGCUGCCAUCAUCACUCGCUCUUUCGCCCGUAUCCACGAGACCAACUUGAAGAAGCAGGGUAUGCUUCCCCUCACCUUCUCCGACCCUGCCGACUACGACAAGAUCGGCCCUAACGACCGUGUUGACUUGGCCUCCACUGAGCUCGCCCCUGGCAAGCCUUUGACCAUGACUGUCCACCCCGCCGAUGGCGGCAAGGAGUUCCAGAUCCCGCUUUCCCACACUUUCAACGAGGGCCAGAUCGAAUGGUUCAAGAACGGCAGCGCUCUCAACACCAUGGCCAAGAACGCUAAGCAGUAA